AUAUAGUGGCAGCAAGGGUGGGAUUGGUCAGUGGGACCUGCUGUUUAGAACAGCUAUAGCUGCAGGCAUCUGGUUUAUCAUGAGGCAGGCCUGCCUGAAUCUUAUAGAUCUCCAAGUUCUCCUGAGUGUAGCGGGAUGAUGUGUUGGUGUAGUGGGCAGAGUUGGUGCCCUACGCGCAGUGCGUGUUAUGCAUAUGGGGAGCGCCGUGUCUGGCUAUAUAAGUACUGUCCAUUACCAUUUUCUGAUGAUUUUGGGCAUAUUCUGUCGGCGGUGCGAUCGGGGGCUCAGUUCUCCCUUCUCAAUAGCCAGUGAAGGCGCCACUGGUGAAUGAAGACGACGGAGACAUGUCACCAUUCACUGCUUGUUGCCGAGGCUUGUACAGCUGCCGCUGGAAACGUUCGAGGAAAGGCGGUGAAAGUCAAUAUGCAUGCUGCUGGUUCUCAGUCCUCAGUGUUGUCACAGUGCUGUCUGUGUCCUGGAUGUACAUCUGCGUGGUGACUUCAAACGACCGAGAGGAUGUCAACUGGAAGGGCUUUGUUAAACUGAAGCGUUGGGUCAACUGGUUCAUGGUACUGAUCAUCGCCUCGGCCUUGUUAACCAGCUACUGUGUGCUGUUGCUGCUUUUUGCCUUGUUCCAAGUUGCCUUGAGAGAACCACUUCACUUACAUUGGCUGCAUAAGUGCCUCCUGUUUCUCGGUUUGAGUUUCAUCACCCUCGGAAUCGUGGGUAUAAGUCUCCAGUGGAAGCGAGAGUGGCCCACGGUUCUUCUCUCGCUUCAGGCGACUGCUCCAUUCCUGCAAUUUGGUGCAGUUGGAGGCCUGGUUCUGCUCAGCCCAUUUGUCUUCAAUGGUUUCCACACAGCCAAAUCAAAAUGUUCUCACUUCCUAAUGGCAUCCGUGUACACUGCAGUGUCAGCAUCCAUCCUACUGUGUCCUUUACUCAUCAGCUCACCUUGUCUGAUGGAUUACGCCGACCUGCCUCAAAAGCCAAAACUGCUCGGCCACCGAGGCGCGCCCAUGCUGGCCCCCGAGAACACCUUGAUGUCAUUCGAGAGGAGCCUCCGAUGCGGCGUUGCGGCUUUCGAAACAGACGUGCAAAUCAGUAAAGACAGAGUUCCAUUCUUGAUGCACGACCAACAUUCGGGUUUCUUGAGGAGAACCACCGACGUCAAAGACAAGUUUCCGGACAAAGAUUUCAACGUGAGCACAGAGUUGACCUGGACGGACUUGCAGAGUUUGAAUGCGGGGGAAUGGUUCCUACGGACGGACCCGUUCCACUCAUUGUCGCAACUCUCUGCGGAGGAUAAAGAAGAAGCUCGGAAUCAGAGCAUCCCGUCGUUAUUACAGCUUCUGGGCCUUGCCAAGCGCCACAACGUCUCCGUCAUUUUUGACCUUUACAGUCCUGACCAGGAAAGAGACACGGUGGAUGUGGUCCGAACAAUCCUCAUGUCCGGUGUGGACCCCAGCCUGAUUCUAUGGCUUCCUCCUUCUGAACGAGCUUACGUAAAAACAGCCGCUCCAGGCCUGACCCACGUCUACAACGAUGUAGACAACAUGUUCAAAGAUGAAGGCAACCAUCUAAAUAUACAGUACAGCAAAUUGAGUGCGGCACAAAUUAGGGAACUGGUGGGAAAAAAUGUGACGGUGAACCUUUGGGUGGUCAACGAGUCGUGGCUUUUCUCACUUCUGUGGUGCGCGGGGGUCAGCUCGGUCACCACCAACGCCUGCCACCUGCUCAGGGACAUGGAACGCCCAAAUUGGGUGAUGCCCCAUCGGACAUACACAAUUGUAUGGAUUACGGUUGACGUGGCAUCGAUUGCUCUAAUAAUUGGAUUGUUUGUCAUCCAUCGGAAAAGUCAUUGCUGCCAAAGAAAAGUGUCAAAGAAAGAAAGGACAAACUUGUCGGCUUGGAAUGAGAAGGAGAGGUCGCCCUUUUUACCAGCAGUAUAGUACUGAUAAUACUAGUCGUACUAGUGCCUAUCAUCACGUAAAACAUAGCUAGAAUUAAAGGGCUUGUGUCAAAACAAGACAUGGAAAAACUCAUCAAUGCAUUCAUUUUUAGCAGAUUAGAUUAUUGCAAUGGUUUAUUUACAGAUUUUAACAAAAAUAUCAAUCAGGAUGCUGCAGCUAAUACAGAAUGCUGCUGCCAGAGUCCUCACAAAUACAAGGAAAAUGGACCAUAUAACAAAAUCACUACACUGACUUCUGGUGAGUCAAAUGAUAGACUAUAAAUUCUUACUUCUGGUCUACAAAACAGUUAAUGCCCUUGGACCAAAAUACAUGCUGGAUUUGCAUGAUCCAUAUGAAGCAUUAAGGCACUUUAGAUCAUCUGGAACUGAUUUGUUGAGAAAGAAAGGUGAGGCAGAAAAUGGAAUUAAAUUACCUAAAUAUCCUUGAAAUUAGGGCUAAAAACAGUGCUGUUUAGUAUAGAAUAUACACAACUGUCCUUCCUAAUUAAAAUUUGCAAUGUAUACUCAGUGUCGUUUCCUAUCUGAAUUGUGUAACUGUGUCUUGCUUGUGAAUUUAGUGAAUCGGACAAAACCUGUAGGUUUUUGAAAAUUGGAAUUAUUAUGUUUUUGCCAUUAGAAACAUGGAAGGGUGCCAAAA